GUAAAAUUUGUAGACAUUGCUGAUUACUGGACAGGUUGAAAACUGUCAAUGGCUCUGUUUCUGAACUAAUUUUUACCGUAGAAAAAAGAGUGAAAUCCCAUCUCUCUGAUUGGCUACUUGUGAUCUUUCUCGUAAUUCUGGAACAGAACAAGCAUGGGGAGAGAGGUUUCUAUUAGUCAUACUUUUUUGUCAUUAUUAAUAUGAUUUGGCUUUUGAAUAACACUGAAAAGUGUCUCUUUAUGUGGCCAUGGCUGACCUUUGGACCUCAUCAAAGGCCAAACCGCAAUUAGUUUGGAGUUUUUAUUUCCCUUCAGAUGGUGUCUUUGUCAGAUUCACAUUUUGUGUUCAGUAUUUUACAUUUCGUGCCAUGCCAUUCAAUGUAUUGACAAAAUAUUCUAUCUUUUUUAUAUCAUUUACUUUGUUUUGCGGCUUUCCCCGUACUCUCUCUCUGUUCCACUUGAUCUUCCUCUAUUUUGUCACCAAAUAUCCAAAACAAAUUGUGGUUGAGAUAGAGAAACAGAAGUGUGGAGGUGGGUGAAGGGUGGAUUCCGGUAUGAGCCUGCAACUGAAGCCAAUUCACCACCAUCUCCGCCACCGUGGCCGCCGCCAUUCCCACCAUCAGCAGCAAUAUGAUCAAGCCAGUUCCAAUGUACGAUUACAAGCUUCAUCGGCAUCUCCGCCGCCGAACCAAUCGUUCGUUUCUCUGCUGCCGAAUUUCCAUUUAUGGAACGUAAAUCGAGGGAUGAGAUUAUUUGGCGAUCGGAGAAGACGAAGCGGUCACCGGAAAAUUGCGGCGUCCGGCAUUGUUGGUACGGCGGUUUCAGAUGGCGCGAAACCAGAAAAGGGCUCUGCCUCUCCUUCCCUCAGCGACAUCCUCUGGCCUUCUGCAGGGGCAUUCGCAGCAAUGGCAAUGCUGGGGAAAAUGGAUCAGAUUCUAGCGCAAAAGGGGCUGUCUAUGACAAUCGCGCCAUUGGGCGCCGUCUGCGCCGUCCUGUUCGCGACUCCGUCGGCGCCGGCCGCUCGAAAGUACAAUAUAUUCAUGGCCCAGAUUGGGUGUGCGGCAAUUGGGGUUGCGGCGUUUACUCUGUUGGGGCCUGGAUGGCUGGCUCGAAGCUCUGCUCUUGCCGCAUCCAUGGCGUUCAUGAUCUGUACUGGUUCCACCCACCCACCUGCUGCGAGCUUGCCGAUUCUGUUCAUCGAUGGAGCGAAGUUGCAGCAUCUGAAUUUCUGGUACGCUCUGUUUCCGGGAGCUGCUGGCUGUAUUCUGCUUUGUUUGAUUCAAGAGAUAGUUGUAUACUUGAAGGAGAAGUUCAAAUUUUGAAGUGUGGAAGAAAGAGAGCAGCCAUUAUUGAAGGUGAUGAUGCUGUGGGUUUUGAUUCAAGGGACGGCCUUAUGAUCUUAUGGAAAUAAUUCAUUUCCCAACAAAUAUUUAAUUCUUAUCAUCACAAAUUCAACCCCACACCCAAUUGUCCCUUCAUUUUUUUCGUGAACAUUUCAAAGUUUCAA